AUGAUCGGCCCCGAGCAUGUGAUGGGCUUGGCCAUCGGCAAUGAAUUGGAAUUGCUCUACUUGCAUGGAAUUCGGUCGAGCUGUAUCCAUGAGCUCUGGGAGGGUGGACGGCUCUGGAGGAUUUUCACUCGCCGUGUGGCUGAGUUUGAUGAGAUGGGUUUCAAAGAUAUUCCCGUCACCAGUGUCUUCACUGCGGCCAUCUUGGAUGGACAUCCCUUCAUGGAAGUUCGAGGAAAAGCCUUGGUCAACAGCUUCUUGCGGCAAGCUGCGUGGAAAUACCGAGCGCGUUAUGCAUUCACGUUCAAUGUUUAUCCCUACUUCGAUCCCAACUUGCAUAUGAAUCCCGGCAGUCAGGACAACUGCAGCCAUGCGAUGCAGCGUGCGAUCUGUUGGGAUGGCCCCCAGUGUUUAGGUCUUGCUAUCAUGAUGGCAGCACGGCAGAAGAUGCAGCUGCUGACUGGCAGAUCUGAUGACCUCUUCUGGAUCGGCGAGAUCGGUUGGUCGUCACCGCGAGCUGAUGCACUGCACACAGAUAUGAGAGGAUGUCAGGAGUUCUCGUCCCUGAUGACGUUCGAGAAGUUCUACCAGGGCUUCCUGGACUGGGACCUGGUUCUGUCGGGCGUGCGAAGCCCGGAUCACAUCUUCUACUUCACCUUGAGGGAUGCCUUAAACUUUGGUGUCCAGGAAUUCUUUGGGCUCUUGUCGUCCUGUGAGUCCUUGGGCUGCAAGAUCGCUUCCCAGGAUUUCACGGCGGAGCAGUGCGCGCUUCAGAAGUCCUGGUCGCUGACGUGGCGCUCCUGGGGCUUCAUCAGCCUCGGGUUGCUAGUGGUUUUGGCCAUGGCCUUGACUUGCAUCUACGUCCGCUGCCCCAUCCUGCAGCGGCUCCUUCUUUGCUCGGACCGAGAGCGAUCGCUGCUGAGAAGCCACACCGCUGGCGGCACCAGCUCGUCUGGCUCAGACUGA